CGGACUUUGUGCUCCUUAGUAGCAGUGUUUUUUGUGUGUUAAUUCUGAACACUGAUACCAGUUCAAGCAACCACUGACAGCGGCGGGAAUACCACCACCUGCUGAAUUUUCACUUUGUGUAACCAGAAAAACAACAAGCAUGUCUCUAACAAACGGCCACAGCGUGAGCAAAGAAACAUGGAAUUUGCACAACAAGAUGAUGCUGGAGCCUCUGGCCACCAAUGACUCAGAGGUAUUCUCCAUAAUAAAAAAAGAGAAGCACAGGCAGGUGUACGGUUUGGAGCUGAUAGCUUCUGAGAACUUUGCCAGCAGAGCUGUUCUUGAGGCUUUGGGUUCCUGCAUGAACAACAAGUACUCUGAAGGGUAUCCUGGACAAAGGUACUAUGGUGGUACGGAGCAUGUUGAUGAGCUGGAGAGACUCUGUCAGAAAAGGGCACUGGAGGCUUUUGGUCUGGACUCAGACAAAUGGGGAGUCAAUGUGCAGCCAUACUCAGGUUCCCCUGCUAACUUUGCUAUCUACACGGCUCUUGUGGAGCCCCAUGGCCGGAUCAUGGGGCUGGACCUUCCUGAUGGCGGUCACCUGACACACGGUUUCAUGACAGAUAAAAAGAAGAUCUCAGCAACGUCCAUCUUUUUUGAGUCCAUGCCAUAUAAGGUGAAUCCAGAAACUGGCUACAUCGACUAUGACAGACUGCAAGAAAACGCUCGGCUCUUCCACCCCAAGCUCAUCAUUGCAGGAACAAGCUGCUAUUCCCGCAACCUUGACUAUUCCCGCCUGAAGCAGAUUGCUAAUGAAAACGGUGCUUUUCUGAUGGGGGACAUGGCUCACAUCAGUGGAUUAGUGGCUGCUAGGGUGGUGCCCACCCCAUUUGAGCAUUGUGACAUUGUUUCCACGACAACUCACAAGACGCUGCGUGGCUGCCGGGCUGGAAUUAUCUUUUAUAGGAAAGGUGUGCGCAGUGUGGAUGCCAAAGGAAAGGAGACUCUGUACAACUUGGAGUCUUUGAUCAACCAGGCAGUGUUUCCAGGGCUGCAGGGAGGACCACACAACCAUGCUAUUGCAGGUGUUGCUGUGGCUCUAAAGCAAGCCAUGACACCAGAGUUCAAGGCCUACCAGAUGCAAGUUCUCUCUAACUGUAAAGCUUUGUCCAGUGGCCUAAUGGACCACGGCUACAAGAUAGUCACUGGCGGCUCUGACAACCAUCUUAUCCUCCUGGAUCUGCGCAGCAAAGGAACUGACGGUGGACGGGCUGAGAAGGUCCUGGAGGCUUGUGCCAUCGCCUGUAAUAAAAACACCUGUCCAGGGGAUAAGAGCGCUUUGCGUCCUAGUGGUCUGAGGUUUGGCUCUCCAGCUCUGACAUCCAGGGGCUUGACUGAAGAAGAUUUCAAGAAGGUGGCCCAGUUCAUUCACAGAGGUAUUGAGCUGACUUUGGAGGUGCAGAGAAGCUUGGAUCCUAAGGCCACUCUGAGGGAGUUCAUCCAGGCACUGUCCCAAGAAGAGAAGUUCCAGCAGCGGGUAGCUGAGAUCAAGGCUGAGGUUGAGGCUUUCGCUGGGCAGUUCCCCAUGCCUGGCCUACCUGAGCUGUAGAGGGCAGCAGCUCAGACGCGGAAGCAGCUGGACUCUAUGAACAUUCUUGGUUGUAUUUUGUUUGAGUUGUAAAUCUAAGAUUGCUCAAAUCAAGACGCUGCCUUGUAACUUCAAAGCAUUUGUAGACAGACCUAUUUUAGCUUGGAGAAAAUUUGUCUUUACGGGAAAAAUUUUGAGUUCUGACUUGCAGAUUUUUAUUGUUGUUUUAAUUGAUUGGUGAUGUUACAGAUGUCUGCUUCUUAUGCACAAGUUAUUUUAUACAAAAUGUGCUUCAUUUCUUACAUGUUACAAAUUUGCUUUAAUAUUGUCCUUCCUUCUUUUCUGUUGGACUGAACUUACAAUCCCAAAGCUUUCCUACAAACUACUGCAGCUUGAAGCACAAAGCAAGUUUAAUAAAAUCAACAUUCCAUGUCUAUAUGGUAUACAUAUACAGAAUGUAUAAUACAAUGUGAUAAAUGCACCAAUAUUGAUGCUUUUAAAUAAAUUCAAAAUGAAA